CCUUAAGGAAAAACUAAAGCAACUUGCCUGCUUUGGGUGAUUUUCCUUCUUUGUUCUUUGAUAAAACAAACGCAGGUUUCGCUGUGGAUUGCGAUUCGUAAACAUGGCAACUGCUUCCAGCUUUCUGUCUGAAGAUGAGUUCCUGUGCUCCAUUUGCCUUGAUGCGUUCAUGGAUCCGGUCACCAUGCCGUGCGGACACAACUUCUGUAAGUCCUGCAUCACAAAGCAUUGGAGCGUCAGCCGCCAACAUCAGUGUCCUCUGUGUAAAGAGAGGUUUGACCCCAGGCCAGCGCUGCGGAUUAACACCUUUAAAUCUGAGAUGGCUGCUCACUUCAGGAAUGCCAGGAGCUUGUCGGGACAAGUAAAUACCAGCUCAGGAGGGGUUCUGUGUGACGUGUGCACCAAACCCAAAGAGAAAGCUCUAAAGACCUGCCUAGUGUGUGCCACAAGCUAUUGCCAGACUCACCUGGAGCCUCAUUUGAGAACCGUGGCUUUGAAAAAACAUAAACUGAUCCAUCCAGUCAGGAAAGUGGAGACAAUGAUGUGUGAGAAGCACAAGAAGCCUCUGGAGCUGUUCUGCAAGACUGAUCGGAUGAGUUUGUGUCAGGGCUGUGCAGCGUCCGACCAUAAGAAGCACCGGUUGGUCGCUUUGACAGAUGAGUGUAAAGAAAAGAAGAAAGAGUUGGAGAAGAACAGAGCAGGUGUUGAGCAGAUGAUCCAGGAGAGAUUCCAAAAGAUGGAGCAGAUCAAACAGUCAGUGAAGCUCAGCGAGCGCGAUCGGGAGGAAGUGACAGCCGCCGUCGUUGAGAACUGCUCCAGUUUGAUCGAGUCUGCAAGGAAAAUUCUAGAUCUUUUCAUCGAAGUGAUUGAAGAGAAGCAGAAAGCGAUAGAAAAACAGGCAGAAGGUUUGAUAAAAGAACUGGAGGAGGAAAUCUCCAAGCUGAUGAGGGAAAGGUCUGUACUGAAGGAGAUGACAGAAACAGAAGAGCAUUUCCAUCUGCUCCAAAACACCCAACACACGACGUUUACCACCAAGGACUGGACCAAGGUCAGAGUCCAGUCCGCCUGUGAUGUGACGGUGAGAACAGCUACAGCACAGCUGGAAACAAUCAGCACAGAGAUGGAGAAGCUAUGCGCUGGUUUUCAACUUGAGAGAGCCCGGCUGUAUGGAGUGGACGUGACUCUGGAUCCAAAUACUGCAAAUCCCUACCUGGUUCUGUCUGAUGACGGUAAAAGAGUGAGCUGCGGCGACUUCGAGCAGGCCCUACCAGACAAACCGGAGAGGCUGUCAUCAUUUGGAGUUUUGGGAGGACAGAGUUUCUCCUCAGGAAAGUUUUACUACGAGGUUUGGGUUAAAGGGAAAACUAAAUGGGAAUUAGGAGUUGUCCGAGAGUCCAUCAAUAGGAAGGGCGAGAACAUCAUUUGUCCUGAAAAUGGCUACUGGGCCAUGUGGUUAAGAAACGGCCAUUACAGAGCUCUGACUGGACCCUCCGUCCCUCUGUCUUUGAUCUCCCCGCCCCAAAAGGUGGGAGUAUUUGUGGAUUAUGAAGAAGGUCUGGUUUCCUUUUUUGAUGCUGAGGCAGCACACCUCAUCUUCUCUUUUACUAACUGCAACUUCAGCGACAAACUCUAUCCUUACUUCAGUCCCUGCUCAAGUGAUGGCGGCAAAAACGUAGCUCCUCUGAUCAUCUCCAGCAUCAGCCAAACCAUAGACUGAUCCCCCAGAGACCAUCUUAUGUCAUCUAUUUGAUGGAAGAUGACUUUUUUAUAGCUUUCAGAUGGGAGCAAAGAACAGAGAGAAUAAAGUAUUUGGCUGUUUUAGAUUGAACUUAAUUUCCUAUCAUUUUCUACAUCUAGUUCUGCCAUUGAUGGUGGAAUAACUAUAGUACCUAUAUCAGGUAUAAAGGAAGGUAGGGAGAGAUUUGACAGAGUAGAGACUGAUAUCAAAUGUUUAAAUGUUAUAUGAGAGGUACAGAGAGGGCAGCUCUGCUUUAUCAACCUUUGUCAACGUCCUUGGCUGAAAAACUGUCAGCUGGGAUGGUUGAUCGAAGGAAACAAACAAUAGAAAUGAACAAAUGAAGUCUGACCAACUUGCUGCUGUUCACAUCUCUCUAGUUCAGUUACUGUUACCUUCACUGGAGACUUCAAUAUUUUCUAAAUAUAACAAUAUAUUAAGAGAAUAGAAAAUGUCAAAACAAUAAUUUAGUUUCCAAUGUGUAAAGUUUGAUAUAAAUAUGAAGAUAAAUGUGUAAACUCAGUGCAGAGUGACAGGUUUGUGUGAAUGUUUGUGGCUAAAGAAUAAUCUACAACUUUCUCUAAUCUUUGGAGAAAGGCUCUCUAAUGCCCUCUGGUGGCAGUUUGGAUUUUUUAAUACAA